CAAUUGAUCAGCAGUAAUGCCACAAAACCUGUCAUCAUGUCACCAUAUGCCCGUCCUCUCAUGGACCGUAUCGGCUCCUUUUUCUACUCUAGUGAAGAUUCCACGGAUAUUGACAAGCAACGAGCAAAACAACAUACGCCGGCCAACCACGAUAAGCUGGGCAAAAGCCAUCUGCAAAAGCCGAAGUUUCCGCGUUCUUGGCGCCGCAAAAUACCUCCAACUGUGUCCCUGCCACUGCUCGUGCUCCUGGAUAUGUUAGCCGUUUCGCUGGUGGUGCCGUUACUCUUUCAAUACUAUCAAACCGCUGGCGUCACUCGCGCUCACGAGCGGGAGCUUCUUAGCGCACUCUUUUCCGCCUCACAAAUCAUCGGUGGUCUACUCGUAGGCGCACUGACCGACGCGAAGCUCGUACGCCGCAAGAGUAUUCUCUUCUUGUCGUUUGGCGGAUCUGCUCUCUCCUACGCACUCAUUGUGUACGGCGGAUUGCCCGCAUUAAUUUUCAGCCGUGUCCUCGUCGGACUCGUCAAGCACACCAUGACGGUGGCCACCACCAUGUUGAGUAAUUGUACUACCAAAGAUACGAGAGCGAAGCAUAUGGGGCGCUUGACGGCUUCUUCGACCGCGGCGUGGAUUGUUGGACCGUCCAUUGGUGCGCUCGCAUAUCAAUACGUUGACGAACGGGCGCCUGCUUUGUUUGCUUGUGCCAUCUUUGCUACCAACAUGGUACUGGCAGCUGUAUUAUUGGAAGGGGACACUUUUGAGAGUUCACAUCCUAAGAAUGACAACCCGGAUGAGCAGUCGGACCACACGAAUGUUGAACAUGAUGAGAAAAAGAAGGCCGUUGGUGGUAAUACCAUUUUUAACCGAUUGAAAUCUUGUUUCACCUCGAAGGCACUAAGUUCUGUUGUGUUAACGCAGCUGGUUGUCACUUGGGUCAGCAAGGCCACCAGCUUUUCGCAGCUCGGAAGCUUCUAUGAAGAUAUGUAUGAUUUGCCAUCGUAUCACCGUGGUUAUAUUUCCAGCUUUCAGCAAUUGCUACACUUUGCUGCUCAAGCUACCUUGGUUGGGCCGGUGAUGCAACAGCUUGGAGGCGAACGUCGUACUACUUGUUUGUGUACUGCUGUUUUGUCAGUGGCUGUGUUGUUUAAGGCCCAAGGAUCUCUGUGGUUCUUUUUAAUUGCACUCUGUCCGGUGCUUGCGCUCUGCUCUACUAUGAUCCACUUGAGCCUGCAAACGCUGGUAACGCAUGUGGCCCCUUCUGAGUCUAUUUUUUCCGUUUUGGCGGCUUUGGAUGUCUUACAAAACGCGGUUUCCGUCUCGGUUCCCUUUUACCGGACUAUACUCUUUCGGUUACUUUCAGCCGAUAAUUCAGCUGCCAUGCAAGGCGACCCCGAUCCUAUGUCAUGGAUUGUGACGAGCGCCAUGCACUGGGCAGUUGCUACUGUGGCUAUCACGUAUUUGCUCCUUUGGAACGAAGGCAUGAGGACCGAGAAUAUACAGCACAAAAAAAGAGGCUGA